GGCCCUCCGGACCUCGUUGAAGACCGAAUGCGGCCCCCGGAGCAAAAUGAUCUUGACACCUCUGCUAUAACCCGUUAUACCAACUAACCUAUAAUAUUAGCUAUGAUUAUUUAUUUUUUUACCCCCAUGAGUUGUAGCCUAUGAUUGCUAACCCGUAUAUUGGUUAAUGAAAAAUACACAGUCAGUCAGCGAGCGACCCAGCGAUUCUGCUGUGUGCGGGAGUGUUCAGAUCUCCAUGCGGAUGUGACAUUUCAGAGAAGAGCGCGACCGCCAUUUUGAGUUUUUACCUCAAACUCAACAUCACAAACCAAGGAAGCGGGUGAGAGGCUCUGGCUGUGACCGGGCACAUUUAUUCAUUGAACAGAGACGUUUUGAAAUGCGACAAGGUGCUGAAUUUUGUUGCUAAUAUUAAUACGGUGAUUUAAUGUGUGGGAAAGUCGAUAUCGGGCUGUGGCAUCGCUAUCACCCUAAACUUCUAAAUUACUGCGAUUCCAAAUUAGAAGCAGGUUUGAAUGGAUAGCUUUUUUCUCUGCUCUCCCCCAGACGAGGGACAAUCGGAGGAGCACACGGACUGGGAAUAUCGAAGGGAAAGUUGUAUUUCAAUGUGCAUUGAUAGUUUAUGAACAUUUGUUUUCCCUGAUUGACUCAUUUCGUUAGUUGGCUGCCUUGUGCCAGUUGGCUUUAAAACAGGGCAACCGUAUUUGUUUCUCAGGCUGCAGGUCGUGAGUUGUCUUUCUCACUUCACCAAUUGCCCCAUAUUACCCGGUGUAAAAGUCGGAUUUAUUUAAUUCAACGGGUCUCCCUUUUUUGGAGCCGUAGUCAUCACCACCGUCAGCGACUUGCACCCAUCAAGGCGCCGAGAUUGGGCGAAUAGCAAGUAAAUACGUCCGCGUUUCUCUGCCUGCUCCCCCACCGACCUCCUCCCCUCAAUCCCCGGCGCUGACGGGAGAAAAGGCCGAGGUUGUUUUAGAACAGGCCCAGACGACCAGGUUUGACCUGUCUAUUCCACCUCCGCACCCUCAAACACCUCACCAACAACCCAGUAACCGACUCCCCGCGGAACCAGCAACAGACAAGUUCGAGGGGAACAAAGACAACAGGCAUCAUCAUCUCUUCACAACAGUUGCCAACAUGAACCACCACCACACUCAACAACAGCAGCAGCAGAAAGCCGGCGAGCAACAACUUAGCGAGCCCGAGGAUAUGGAGAUGGAAGCUGGGGACACAGACGAUCCCCCGAGAAUCCCAGCCAACCCGGUGAUUAACGGGAACGUUGCCAUGGCAGACGGACACAACACAGAGGAGGACAUGGAGGAUGAUACCAGCUGGCGUUCGGAGGCGACAUGUCGUUUUGUGGUGGAGAGGUUCAGCCGGCUGAGUGAGUCUGUUCUCAGCCCGUCCUGCUUCGUCAGGAACCUGCCCUGGAAGAUCAUGGUGAUGCCUCGCUUCUACCCAGACCGGCCGCACCAGAAGAGUGUUGGCUUCUUCCUGCAGUGCAACGCAGACUCCGACUCCACGUCCUGGUCGUGCCAUGCUCAGGCCAUGCUGAAGAUCAUCAACUAUAAGGACGAUGAGAAGUCGUUCAGCCGCAGAAUCAGCCACCUCUUCUUCCACAAGGAGAACGACUGGGGCUUCUCUAACUUCAUGUCCUGGAGCGAUGUGACUGAUCCAGAGAGAGGCUUUGUGGAGGAUGAUCAAGUCUCCUUUGAAGUCUACGUGCAGGCAGACGCUCCUCACGGAGUGGCGUGGGACUCCAAGAAACACACCGGCUACGUGGGUCUGAAGAACCAGGGAGCGACAUGUUAUAUGAACAGCCUCCUACAGACCCUGUUCUUCACCAACCAGCUGCGGAGGGCGGUGUACAUGAUGCCUACAGAGGGAGAUGACUCGUCUAAGAGUGUUCCGCUGGCUCUACAGAGGGUUUUCUAUGAGCUGCAACACAGCGACAAACCCGUCGGCACCAAGAAACUCACCAAGUCCUUUGGGUGGGAGACAUUAGACAGCUUCAUGCAACACGACGUUCAGGAGCUCUGCAGAGUGCUCCUGGACAACGUUGAGAACAAAAUGAAAGGCACCUGCGUGGAGGGAACCAUCCCCAAACUGUUCAGAGGAAAGAUGGUGUCCUAUAUCCAGUGUAAGCACGUUGACUACCGGUCAGAGCGGAUAGAGGAUUACUACGACAUCCAGCUCAGUAUCAAAGGAAAGAAGAACAUCUUUGAGUCCUUUAAGGACUAUGUCGCUGUGGAGCAGCUUGACGGAGACAACAAAUACGACGCAGGAGAACACGGCCUACAGGAAGCGGAGAAGGGUGUGAAGUUCCUGACUUUCCCUCCCAUACUGCACCUGCAGCUGAUGAGGUUCAUGUACGACCCUCAGACCGACCAAAACAUCAAGAUCAACGACAGGUUUGAGUUUCCGGAGCAGCUUCCCCUGGAUGAGUUUCUCCAGAAGACUGACUCUAAGGACCCGGCCAACUACAUCCUGCAUGCCGUGCUGGUCCACAGUGGAGACAACCACGGAGGACACUAUGUUGUCUACCUCAACCCCAAAGGAGACGGAAAAGUCAGCGUCAAGGAGCCCAUUUGGUGUAAGUUUGAUGAUGACGUGGUGUCACGGUGCACCAAGGAGGAAGCCAUUGAACACAACUACGGUGGCCAUGACGACGACCUGUCAGUACGUCACUGCACCAACGCUUACAUGCUGGUGUACAUCCGCGAGUCCAAACUCAGUGAGGUGCUGCUGGCUGUAAAUGACGUGGACAUCCCCCAGCAGCUGGUGGAGAGGCUUCAGGAGGAGAAGAGGGUUGAGGCUCAGAAGAGGAAGGAGCGGCAGGAGGCCCAUCUCUACAUGCAGGUCCAGAUUGUGACAGAGGACCAGUUCUGUGGUCACCAGGGUAAUGACAUGUAUGAUGAGGAGAAGGUGAAGUACACUGUGUUCAAGGUCCUGAAGAGCUCCACGCUGCAGGAGUUUGUCCAGAAUCUCUCCCAGACCAUGGGAUUCCCACAGGACCAGAUGAGGCUGUGGCCCAUGCAGGCCCGGAGCAACGGCACCAAGAGACCUGCCAUGCUGGACUACGAGGCAGACUGCAGCAAGUCUAUGAUAGACUUGAGCGACAACGAGAAUCCCUGGACUAUAUUUUUGGAGACGGUGGAUCCUGAGAUGGCUGCCAGCGGAGCAACGUUACCCAAGUUCGACAAAGACCACGACGUCAUGCUGUUCUUGAAGAUGUAUGAUCCAAAAAGCAGAAGCUUAAAUUAUUGUGGACAUAUCUACACCGCUAUAUCCUGUAAAAUACGAGACCUGCUGCCCGUCAUGUGUGAGAGAGCAGGCUUUCAACAGGAGACCAGCCUUAUCCUCUAUGAGGAAGUGAAGCCUAAUUUAACAGAGCGGAUACAGGACUACGACGUGUCAUUGGACAAGGCCCUGGAUGAGCUCAUGGACGGAGACAUCAUCGUCUUCCAGAAAGACGACCCAGAGAACGACAGCAGUGAGCUGCCCACAGCCAAGGACUACUUCCGGGACCUCUACCACCGAGUGGAUGUUAUCUUCUGUGACAAGACCAUCCACAACGACCCCGGCUUUGUCGUCACACUCUCCAACAGGAUGAACUACUUCCAGGUGGCGAAGACGGUGGCUCAGAGGUUGAACACAGAUCCCAUGCUCCUCCAGUUCUUCAAGUCCCAGGGGUACAGAGACGGACCUGGGAAUCCUCUCAGACACAACUAUGAAGGAACUCUCAGAGAUUUGCUGCAGUUCUUCAAACCACGUCAACCCAAGAAACUCUACUACCAACAGUUGAAGAUGAAGAUCACAGACUUUGAGAACAGGAGGAGCUUUAAGUCCAUAUGGCUCACCAGCCAAUACAGAGAAGAGGAGAUCACUCUCUACCCAGAUAAACACGGCUGUGUCAGGGACCUGCUGGAGGAAUGUAAAAAAGCUGUGGAGCUCUCCGACAAAGGCUCAGAGAAGCUCCGACUGUUGGAGAUAGUAAGCUAUAAGAUCAUCGGGGUUCACCAGGAGGACGAGCUGUUAGAAUGUUUAUCUCCCGCCGCCAGCCGUACCUUCAGAAUAGAGGAACUUCCUCUGGACCAGGUAGACCUGGAUAAGGACACUGAGAUGUUGAUUCCCGUCGCACAUUUCCACAAGGAGGUCUUUGGAACGUUUGGAAUCCCUUUCCUGUUGAAGAUCAGACAGGGUGAGCCGUUCAGAGAUGUGAUGAGGAGGAUUCAGAGCAUGCUGGAAAUCCAGGAGAAAGAGUUUGAGAAGUUCAAGUUUGCGAUAGUGAUGAUGGGCCGGCAUCAGUACCUCACUGAGGAUGAGUACGAGGUCAACCUGAAAGACUUCCAGCCACAGCCAGGUAACAUGUCCCACCCUCGACCCUGGUUAGGCCUGGACCACUUCAACAAAGCCCCGAAGAGAGGUCGCUAUACCUACCUGGAGAAAGCUAUCAAGAUCCACAACUGAGCAACUCUCCUCUUCCUCUUCCCGCUUCCUCAUCCCUCCUCCUCUCCUCCUCUCUCUUCUUCCUCCUCUCUCUUCUUCCUCCUCUCUCUUCUUCCUCCUCUCUCUCUCUUCUUCCUCCUCUCUCUUCUUCCUCCUCUCUCUCUCUUCUUCCUCCUCUCUCUCUCUUCUUCCUCCUUAACCCACCAUAACCACAGACUGUAACCAACCAAGUGUCUGUGCCCCACCUCUAACACCUUCCACAGACAGACACCGUGUCUCCUGUCACACGGAUCCAUCCCAUCCAUCCAUUAGCAGGCUGCUGAUUGAUGAUGAUGAUGAAUACUAUACCACCCCUUCCACCCAAACCCCCUCUCCCCCUUCCUCCCCCCACCACCGCCCUUCUACUGUUUUUGAGGCUGUUAGGUUUUUGGCUUCUCUAACUCCGACUGCCUAUUUUUGUCUGGAUGAAAGAAAUGAAAUUGGAGAAAGGACAGGAAGAUGAACUUAACUUUUUCCUGGUUUAUUUUGUUUUUGUUUUUAAUGAUAAGAGUUGUUUCAAAACGUAAAGAGCGCUGCUGCGUAUAGUGUGUGUGGGGGGGGGGGUGACGAGGCAGAGAGAAGAGAUAGACGACAUCGUUAGCAGAAACCAAGAAGAAUGAUUUGGUCUUUUAAAGAAGAGAACCAGUUGCAGAAAGGUUGAAGCUUGAGACUAGUAAUUCCUGAUGUGAUCCUCUUCAUAUCCCCCCCCCCUCUUCUCCUUUAGUCAACUAGUCAAAGUGUUUCCAUCUUUGAAAAAAUAAAAUAAAAUCAGUUUUUGUCUUUUUUUCUGCAAUAUUUCUUGUAUAAUAAAAUAAAAAAUCCACAGCAUCUGUUUAAAAUAAAUGUAAAAAGAGAAGAAGUGGUCUGUACUUUCAUCUUGCACGCUGCCACUCCAUAUCAAAGCCGUUUCUCACGACUGGUAAAUGGCAACUUCGCUCCUACUUAUGGUUUCAAUGUUGCCCUUCCUCUCCUCUUCUCCUGCCCUGUUAUGUUCCCUCCAUCCCUGAGGGUUUGUGAUGGGCUGUACCUCCUCUGGUGUUGGGGGAGUUUGACUGAGGGUUUGUGAUGGGCUGUACCUCCUCUGGUGUUGGGGGAGUUUGACUGAGGGUUUGUGAUGGGCUGUACCUCCUCUGGUGUUGGGGGAGUUUGACUGAGGGUUUGUGAUGGGCUGUACCUCCUCUGGUGUUGGGGGAGUUUGACUGAGGGUUUGUGAUGGGCUGUACCUCCUCUGGUGUUGGGGGAGUUUGACUGAGGGUUUGUGAUGGGCUGUACCUCCUCUGGGGAGUUUGACUGAGGGUUUGUGAUGGGCUGUACCUCCUCUGGGGAGUUUGACUGAGGGUUUGUGAUGGGCUGUACCUCCUCUGGUGUUGGGGGAGUUUGACUGAGGGUUUGUGAUGGGCUGUACCUCCUCUGGGGAGUUUGACUGAGGGUUUGUGAUGGGCUGUACCUCCUCUGGUGUUGGGGGAGUUUGACUGAGGGUUUGUGAUGGGCUGUACCUCCUCUGGUGUUGGGGGAGUUUGACUGAGGGUUUGUGAUGGGCUGUACCUCCUCUGGGGAGUUUGACUGAGGGUUUGUGAUGGGCUGUACCUCCUCUGGUGUUGGGGGAGUUUGACUGAGGGUUUGUGAUGGGCUGUACCUCCUCUGGUGUUGGGGGAGUUUGAUUGAGUAGUGCUGCUUUAGUAGGAAGUUUCGGCCAUUAGUGAGCCCUCUGGUUUCACCAUAUAUACACAGAACCAGUGUCACUAUAAUUAUUAUUAGAACAACAAACACACUGACCUUUUUUCUUAAGCACAGAUGGAAUGCCCCCCCCCUCUCCCUAAAAGCCCAUCAUAGUUGGCUUUGUGAAGAGAUUUGAAAUUGUGUGUAUAUAUUUAAAAAAACACAACAAAAACACAUGUGAAAUGAGAAACGCAGAACGAUGU